AAUGUUUGGGCUUUGGGCAACACGAUCCGCACUCGAUCUAAGAUGGCGGUCCCACGUCCUCUGAAAAGACCACGUUUGGGCCAUCCAGACGUAUACCCACAAGACAGUAAACAAAAAGAGGUAAGCUUUAACUAAUAUCUAGUUUGAAGUGAAUCAUUAUCAUGCUAAAUUUGCCCGCGAUCUUUCUAGGAUGAACUCACCGAAGAGAACGUCAAGAAAGGAUUUAGCUACCAACCCCUGCCUUUCAGUUCUGGAUCAGUCGAGGUUGUAGGACUUUAUUAAAGCCAUAUUUCGUUUCAUAAUAUUUUCUUUUACCUGUUAAAAUGUCUGUGUUGUGUUGGGAAUAUGACGAAUGUGUUUUUUUUUUUCAGUAUGGAUCGGCAAAGGAUAUCAUGUGUAAUGUUCCCCUGUCAAAGGUACUUCAGAAUUUUAUUGGAUUUGCUAAAUACAAACUGAGGAUCGCAGAUGACUUGUGUGUAAAAUCCGUAUCCAGGUCAACCCAGAUCUUCUUUGUCUCAUGGUUGGAUGAGGAACCAAGGAAAUUUUGAAUGAAACUAGGUUGAAGUACCUGUUAAUUAAUCUGAGUACGGAUUUUAUCUAAACGAAAAUUCACGAUUGGUUGGCUACUUGUCAAUCUGUGAACAAAAAAAAUCUCACUCUCAGUGGAGUUCAAUUUUUACUGUGGUUCUAACUUUGCAACACAUGGCAAACAAACAAGGGUCAAGAACUGCGCUCUAGGGUGUGUUCCAUUGGGAAAUCUGGAUUUUUUUAAAACCCGCAUUUCGGAUUUGCAAUCGACUGCAAAAUCCGAAAACAGAUUUCAACGCUGAGAUGUCUGUUUUUGGAUUUCCUUUGGGAAAUCUGAAAAAGGAUUUGGAAAACUGUCCUUAAGAACAGCAGUCUUGCACGCGCACGCAUAAUUAGCAAAAAGAAGACCGCUGUUCACAAGAAUAAUUUUGCAGAUCCCUUUUUUGAUUUCCCAAUUGAACGGUAAACAGGAAAUCCAUGAAAUCCAGAUUCGGAUUUCUUAAUUGAAAUCCUCCCGAUGACUGUGAUGAAAUCUAUUUUCGGAUUUCGCGUUCGAUUGCAAAAUCUGAAAUCCGGAUUUCUCAAUCGAACACAACCGUAGUUUCCAAAUGGAAGCUGAGGCUUUCAAGAUAACCUGAUAAUGGUUUAACUAGUGCAAACCAAACAGCAGGGCACAGACAAGCUGUUUGUUUAGCAGAAAAAGUAGGCAAUAAAGCUAGCGUCAGUUGUCAGAAAGGAAGUAGGAAUGAAAGGUAGCAGAUCGCCAAGUAAAAGACCCCAUCGCCAUCUCUUAUCUUUUCUUUGUUCAGGCUUCCGUCCUCAUUCCUUGCAGCUUUGCCAUUCGCCCCUCAGGCGUGCUCUCAAUCUGUUGUGCAUUAAAAGACAAAUAAGAGGCUGCUUGCUGUCUAUUGUUUAUUUCAAGAUGGUUGUGUUUUUUUGACAGUUUACACAAAGCUUCAGUGCAAUUUUAUUAGAAAAACAGAAGCAAAACACGUAUACUUCACAAGAUGGGAAUAAGAGAAAACCACAGCCUGUCAAGGACAAUUUUGUACCAGUAAGUACCAAGAGAACAUGUGCAUUUUGACGUAAUACAUACAAAAGUCAACUUUUAAUUUGCUAUAUCAAAUUAAUGAAAAAUUGAUGCUAAUUAUUUUUAAUCCUUGCUUUGUCAUUCCUUUCUAGCCAACACCCACACAGUAUUCUAUCACUUACAUUAAUAAUACACCUGUAAUAUUAUUUUUUUAAAUAUAGUUUUUGUGGGGCUUAGAGUUUACAGAAAGUUUCUCCAUAGUCUCUGCAAACAAUUUCGUGUGGGUUAGAUUGUCCGGCCAGUAAAUUGGGUUCUGUGGGUUCAAAUUGUACUCAGUUUUUUUUUUGCAUAAGUCUACAGUUUAUAUUUGUGACAUUAUGAAGUCAACAUACAUGUAGCAUCUUUGUCAAUAUGAAUAUUUGAUUUAUUUGUUACUCAUGCAUCAUUCUCAUCAUCAUCAUCAUCAUUAUCAUCAUCAUUACUAUUAUCGUCAUCAUCAUCAAGACAUCAAAAAUACUUGUGGUUGUUGUGGUUGUUAUUGUUGCGAAUGAAAUCUCAUUCCCCUUGUACAAUCAUGUAUCUUCUCAGUUUCUACAUUUAUUUUAUUAUGAUUAUACUCACUUUACCUGUCUCAUCAGGUUCAUGCAACUGCCCGCUCUCGUGGAUUUAUAUCCAGUUGGUUUCAAGAUCUAGCAGGGAACAAACCCCUCACUGUAUUAGUAAAGAAGGUGAGUGUAACAAAAUGAAUAAAUGUACCAAUUAAAAAAAGAAAAAUCAGAAAACCUGAAAAACUCUGGCAAAAAGCUGCAUGUAUCAGCGGGGCCAAAAGCACGGAAAAAUGAUCAUUUCUGUAUCAUCUGUUUGUUGUUGUUGUUGUUUUUGUUUGUGUACAUGUAUUUUCUAUCAAAAUGAACAAAUAAAUGUGAGACUGAUUAUAAAAGUAAAUGUAAUUAAACUUGAGCAGUCAUAACCCUUCAAGUCUGCUUUCUUGAGUCCUGAUUCUCUCUUAGUACAAAAAUAAAUGCAUUACAGAUUUCAAUUUAAUCACACACUGUACAUGCAGGGACUAGUAGAAUGAGGAGCUGUUUGGUAAAAACUAUGCAUGUACAUUUGCUACCCUAAGAAAGACAAAUAACAUAUUUUUAUUACUUUUGACUCCAUUGCUUGCCCUUUCAUCCUUGAAAAAAAAUCCAUGGUAGUCCAGGACAAGAAGAUUCGCUUGCUGGGCAAGUUGCAAUGUACAUUAAAAGAUCAUUCGCCCAAUGGGAAAGGUUCUAGGCGAGCGAGAGGCGACCCCGGCCAAUUAAUGUGAGGGCUACCUAAUUAUAUUUCUUGCCCAUAGGACAACUAAAAGCUGGAAUUCAAGUUGUUUUGUUUUUGUUUUUGUUUUUUUUUUUUUGAGUCCUGAUUCCCUGAAGUAAUUCAAAUAAAGUCAAACAUUGUGAGAACAAGACAGUAAUUACAACAAAUUUUAAGCAAGACAGUUUGGAAAAAAUAUCAACUUCUGUUUAUGGACUUUUUUUGUUACAGUGUAAUAGAAAACUGUGAGAGUGACUGAGAGUUUGAUAAAUCUCCAUUAGGUAACAAGUUACACAAGAUUCAUUGAAAAAGGGGAAACUUCAAAACAAUUUGUUUUUUUGCUUUUUUAGGUGCCUAUCUUUAAUAAGAAAGAGGAAAUUUUUAGCAGCCUUUGUGAGUACUCUAUUCCCAUGCUUCGGGCAGCAUGGUUCAUAAAAAUAUCGUCAGCUUAUACAACUGGCAUCAGUGAAUCCAAGGGCAAGAAAAGAGUGAUGGCAGAUCCUGCGCAAGGUAUUAUACAAAUGAAAAUUUAGACUUACCUAUUGUAAGUGGCUGAUGUCUUUACUGAACUGUUUUUGAUUUUCUAUCGCCUUUUGGUUGUGACCAAAACCAAUAUCUGAAAAAUGAAUCUGUAAAUAUGGUGAUACAAAUCAAACAACCAUUCAUAAUGCUUAUGGAUGCUUAACAGGUGGAAGUGUGGCUGAGUGGUGAGCGUGUCAGACUUGUAUAAUGACUGUUUCUUUGUUUGAGUCCCACUCUGCCCACUUAAUUAUUUAUUUCUCAGUUGUCCUGAGUUUAAAGCAUCUCCCACACUUGUAAAUAGGCUGCUAAUCACCUCCUGCCAGUUGGGUUUUUUAAAUCUUGUUGUGUUCUAUUAUUUUGGAUCAUGUGUUUUCAUUGUGUGUGUGAGGUAUGGAAUGCCAAGUACACUGACUUCUGCAUCUAUAAACAAGCCCUUUUUUCUUAAGCUCAUUUUCUCAUUAGAAUAGAAGGUUAGGCCAGUGGUUUUAAAGGGGUCAGUAGGGCUUCUCAUUAAAAUCAAAUAAUACAUUUACGUGCACAUGCACAUCUACAUGUAUUACUACAAUAUAGCUUAAUUGAAUGUGAGGAAAAAUAAAACAUGUACAUGUAACUUCAAGAAGAACAAUCACUGUAUUGUUCCUGUAAGAAUAAAAAGAUCCCCUAGCGACAAUAAGAACAUGUACAUGUUUGGAAGUCAAACUGAUUUGAAUGUAUCUUCUUUAUCAUUUAAGAUUGGACUCAUGCCAUAACAAAAUACCUGAAGGAUCAAUUGAACAAGAUAGCAGAUUUUUACCAGAGCCACUUUGGUGGGAUAACCUCCACUCAACAUCAACAAAGAAUGACUCCUGAAAUGGAACAAGCACUAAAACAGUGGAACUACACUGUGCGACUAACACACUGGCUGUACGAGGUGGGAUGUUAUGGGUACAUUAAGACAUUAGGGACCUUACAAAACUAUGACGGUGACGGCAACAGAAACUCUUACAAUAAAGUAACGAUAAAUAUUAUUAAACCAGAAGAGGUGUAGAAAGCAAAACAAGAACUUUUCUACUUUGAAAUUUCUUUCCCCUCCUAACGACGAUGUAUUCUUUUAAGUUCACAAACUUAUGUACUUAAGAACGGGAACAACAGGGAACCGGUACAUAAAUUUUAGUACUAUUAUCUCUCUGAAUUUGGAUAUGGUCCUCUCACUGUAGCUCCAGCCUAUACUCCCUUCUUUUAAGAAAAUGGGUGAUUUGGAUUAAUAAUCGCAAAAAAGAUUGAAAGGAUGCAAGAUCAUUAACAGGGUUUUCUCAAGAAGGCCCUGUUAGGCUACUCUAAAAUCCUGACAAGCAACAUCAGAUGGCAUUGAAGCAGUGAAAUGGUUACAACAACAUGGAGAUGGGUUGAAACUGUGACAGUGACAAAGAAAAUCACAAAUACAAUAGUAAAAUACUGAUAGUAACAUGACCUCAGACUCUUCAAUAUGUGAAAUGACCGCUUUUGAAAUUCAGACUAGGGACAUGCAUACCUCCGAUCCCAUAACAGGGUUGUCAUUAAGAGGUGGCUCCCAACCACUUUCAAAGGAAAGUAGAAGAAAAAUAGAAACGAAAGAAACCCCUAGCUGCUUAAUUUCUCACCUACUUGUUGUAUUUACUGCAACUUGAAAUCUUGGCGUCAUUAACCCUGCAUAAGAAGGCCACUGUCAACUGCAGGCUGUUGUAAGCAGGGCUGUCCACAUGAGAGUGUCUGUGAUGUGUUAGUUGUUUGAUUGGUUGAUCCCUUCAUACAGUAUAUACAGCCGUGUAGUACUCUGUUAUGUGCUAUUGUCCUAUGAAUGCUUUCAGGAGAGUCUUCUUGACAGACAGGAUUUUCUUCAGUGGCUGUUGGACUUACUGGACAAAAGCAAAAAUGCUGAUGAUCUGCUGCUAAAAUAUUUAAUCCCACUCUUGUUAAGGGUAUGUAUUUCAGGAAGGAGACAGAAAUGUAUUACAGCACAUGUAUGUGCUCUCCAAGAUGCAAUGUGUGCUCUGAUUGGCCAUUAUCAUUGCCACUACUUGCCACUUCUUACCACCUCUGUGACCAGACACCCCCAUCUCAUAUUUGUCAACUAUCAAAAGGAAAAAAAAACUCUCUGAAAACUAGAUGCCUCCUUUCCCAUACAGUACCCAAUACACACAUGGUGCUGCCCAAGUCCACCAACCUUAAAGCACCAGCUCCUGAGCUGAUCUUAUGUUGAUGAGUUUAAUUAAUGAUUACUUUUUUGAACACUCAUUUCAGUAUGUUGACCAGAUAGUCUUGUCCCAAACACUUGCCAGGAGUCUUGCGCAGGUGUGUUCCAAGAAGCUGUCUACGCUAUACUCUAAUGCUGAACAGAUGCAGUCUGAGCAACAGAAUCAGGGAGGUACAAGCAGCACAAACAAGACUAGUAGCACAUCAGUGCCAAGUCCAGUACCAUCCAUCACAUCAGAAAGGUAAACAGGAGUAUUGGACCAGUUUUUUUGAAAUAAAUUAUAAUAUAGUUUUUAAAACAAUGUCAUACAGUUCCGCAUACUGCUAGGAUCAGCAAUAUUGAAAUCAUCAUGUGUGUGAUAAAUAAAGAAUGAUGGCCAAUUCAACUCUUCGCUUAGUGAAGAUCCUAGCAGUACCCGGGAUGCAUGUCAUACAUGAACCUUGUAUAUGGCCCAUCUCGCCACAAGUCCUUCAUAGUUCAGUGGUUAGAGCAUCUGAUGGGUGUACAGAAGGUCAUAGGUUCAAUUCCUCUCGGGGACUCAGAUUUUUUCUUUGUCCCAUACUCGUGACCUGUUGAUCCCAUCAUUUCUCAAGUUUGUUAUGUUUUUUUUAUUCAGUUCAAGUUUGACAGCUGUCAGUCCUUCAUCACUUCCUGUCCUCUCUCAAUACAAAACAUGCCCACAACAUCAUGCCCUCGUCCUGUCAUUGAGUUCAGUCUUGCAAACUAUUGCUAUUUGUUGUCCUGGAGCGCUGAUCUGGAAUUCCAUUCCAAGUGGUGGAGGCAGUGCUUCUAAUAGCAGUAACUCUGCUGUUGGUAGUGCAGAUGCCGCAGCCAAUAAACCUGCUGUAUUGGGAUCUCCACUGGACAGGCUACCCAUCGCACCAUCUCAGAUGCCACUUCCUUCAUCAGCAAAUGCACAGGGGUUCCUGAAUUCUGAGGUUGAUUAUGCCAUUGGUCAAAAUUAAAUUUAGUUAAAUUAUUUUAACUUAGGAUGAUUCUCAAUUUCCUUUGUCUCCUGCAUGUAGGCCUACUUCAUGAAUAAUCAGGGACAGGAGAAUCAACCUAAAUUAAUACGUUUUAACCUUAAACCUUAAUUUUGACCGGUAACAUUUAAAAAAAGCGUGUAUGAAUUUUGCAUAAAAUUAGUUAAAGUGAAGAACAGCUCCCUGAAAAACUUGUCAGCUGACUUUUGGUCAACUGAUGUCCAACAGUUUGGCUCCAGUCAGCAGUGAAGUCACUGAUGGUAUAGUGAUAACAUAAUUUUAAACCUAAAUCAUCAACUAAACCAGAAGUGAAACAUGAUGUAUAAUUAUUUGCUGGUAAGUGCAAUUGUCACAUUACAUUUUUCCAAGUUUGCCGAAUUAGAGAAUGAAAAAAGGGUCUAAAAAAGGGGCCCGUUUCUCUCGUGGAAGGCUGUGACAGUCCUAUGUUUGCUGUGUUGAUAUUUAAAGAUUGAGGCUAUAAUAGGGACUUCAAAAAUUAAUAAUACAGCAAUAAAAAUAAUUAUCACGUACAUGUACAUGUAGAGAAGCAAGAUGAAUUGGUGCACUUUAAAGAAACAGGAAAUUGAUUUGUUAUUAUUUUUCUCAUUCCCUUUCUUGAAAUUCACAGCUCCUGUCUGUUCUGCUUGCAAGUGAGGAGGAAAUCCAAACCCGAAGCAAAGCAAUAGAAUCUCACUGGUCUCCUGACAAAUAUCAGGACAAAUCCUCAGGUAAGAAUGAGUUCUCUUCUUUCAAAAUUCAUUCAAUAUUGUACAACAAAAUUAAUGUACACCAAACAGUAAGUGGUUUGGCAAAGAAACCUUUUACACAUUCAGGGCUUGAAAAAAGUCUUGAAUUCCAGCUUAUCCUUAAUUUGGGCAAGCAGCUCUCGCAUUUAUUCUGCUUAUCUGGGCAACAACUUGUUUAUGUAUGUGCUUGUUUCAAUUAUUGAUUUAGUUGAAAGAUGACUUCCUUUAUCCUGGUUGCCAAUCAGGCAAGUGAUUUCAAAAUUACUGGCCUGGCAAGAAAAUCAGCUCAUUCUGGACUAUUUGACUAGACUUUUUUCAAGCCCUGCACCAUGUACACGGAUCAUUAUACGUUUCUGGGAAACUGACCACCUACCCCUCCCCUAAGCCACCAUUUUGCCAUAAGUGAGAAGUAAGUGUUAAUGUUGGCUUAGGGGAGGGGUAGGUGGGUAAAAGAACUAGGCAGAUUUUUCUUAACUAUAACUACUCUUUCAAUCUCUUGACUUUCAAAUUAAUAUGCAGACAGUUUAAAGAUAGAUGUACUUUGCAAAACAAAAUUUCUCUGUAUUCUUUACUUUCAUGCCAUUUACAAAUUUAUUGUAGACUUCUUCCAUGACCCCUGCUUGAAGUAAAAUGUUCAUGGGUUUUUAUUUUUUAUGUGCACAAUAUUUAUGUGAUUUUUAGAACUGAUGGUUAAAGUAUGCAUGAAUUUCUUUUAAGUGUUGCUUUAAAUUAGUAUUAGUCACACAUAGAAGUUAAAUUAAGGCCACACAUUAAUAUAAUACAUUAUUGUAUUAUUUUAUUAUUAUAAAGUGCCCAUAAUAAAUAUGGCAUAGUUAGAUUAUAAGUACAUGUCUUACACUAUUUUGUCUGCAUGUCUUGUAAUAUUCCUUUAAAUAAAUGUUGCCUACAUAAUGGCUAAAUCUAAAUGGUUUGAUAAAAAAUGGUUGGUAGUCCUAGUAUACACUAACAUACAGAUGUAUCGUUAUACAUGCUCUGGGGCCGAUCCAGGAUUUUUGUUAGGAGGGGGUGCACUCAUCUCUUGCUCUACUUCAACACCAAUAAACCACAUAGUUUUUUUUUGGCAGAAUACCAGUUGGAUUUGAAAACCGCGGGUCAUCGGGGGAGGGGGGGUGCACACCCCCUGCACCCUCCCCCUGGAUCUGCCCCUGAUGCUUAUAAAAUACAGUAUGUAGUUAUGGUAUGUUUUCUCAUCAUCCUGUAGAUCAUCCUCGUCAUUAUGAUGUACAGAUUGUUACAUUUGUCUCUUAUCCCUACUAUUAUUUUAUCAAGAAAGUGAAGGGGAGGAGAGAGAGGGCACCUGUUUGAUACUAUAGCCAAUGGGGUGGGUGCUUAUUUGGGUGAGGGCACUUAUCAGAGCGUGGGUGCUUAUUCAAGGAAGCAGUAACCUGAUAAUUCUUUCACUAACUUCCAUUCUAUCUUUUUAUACACAGUUAUACUGGUAAUACUAAGCACAAGAUUAUAUUAUUAAUUUUAUUUAAUUAUUUUAGAUAGUGGGCUAUUGAAUCUUUGUCAUCAUUGUUAAUCUGUUUAAUAAUAUCUUACUUUAGUUAAUAACAGUUAUUUACUGUGUUAUAGUUAAUAACAUUAAGUACUUUUUAAUUUUAAUCUUGUUAGCUAUUUAUAUUAAGGGAGGAUUCAUUUGCAGCUUGCAAUCUGCAAGUAUAUCCAUCACAAAUGAAAGUGCAACAGUUAUUACAGUCUUCAAAUCAACCCAUAUUCACCCCUGAACCAUCCAUUACUGCCUCUGCUGAUCCAUGUCCCUUCUACCUCAUGUAAUGUCAUCAGUUUUGAUGGUCAAGGUCAACUUGUCUUUGUCAUCUAAGGUGUCCAAGGGAAUGAGAACUUUCAAACCAAUUCAGAAUAAGUAUGAUUCAGUCAAGGAGGCCAGAGGAAAAAAUGUAACAUUGACCCACAAAUUCCGAUGAUCUUGUUCCAGUACUCACACCUGCACUUUCUUGCAUCUAAUCCUACAAUCCUAAAAAUUUUCCCAAAAAUGUUUCCACCGAAAUAAAGCAUAGUAAAUGCCCAGCAAAAGGGAAAAAAUGGGGCAAGAAAUAAAGUGAAAGAAGAGAGGAGGUGAGAAAGUGAUAAGUGAAAGUCAAGACUGCUCUCUCACUUUAAAACCCAAAAACUAUCUUGAAAUUUUGCUUUCUGUGCAUGCUUGAAAUUUGGAAGCUGAUAUAUUUUGCAUCUGGAUGUGAAGUGCUUGACAGAUAAACAGUGUUUUGAGCAGUUCUGGCUCUUCAGUAGUCAGGCAGUGACUGGAAAAACAAAUGGCUUAACUUGCUUCAUAAACCUUUUUUUUUUUUGCAAAAAUCCCAGGAGUGAAUGGGUGAAGCUGCAAAUGAAUCCACCAUAAGGAAGGCAGUGAAGCUAUAUGCAAACAAAAAAAACAUCAAACAUAUAUUGGGCAUGUCACAUAUUACUCUCUGGCUAUAAUUUUGCAUCAUUGUUGUGGUUAUGGAAGCUGGUGUAAAGGUUAGCUUGGUUGGUAUCGGCAGUCGCUUUGGUAUGAAAAAUACUGGGAAAUGUUUUGAAAUUGCCAGGAGGCUGAUCACAUAAUAUUCAGCAAAAUAAGUCUGUCAUGUAGCAAAUUAUACAGUUUCUUGGGCCCGGUUCAGAUGCCACUCCACUCGAGUGCCGAACCUAACUGAUUUAGUAUAGCAAAAGAGCGGCGUCCGAAUCAAUUCGGUACAGCAGUUUUAGUUAGGUGCAGCAAAAGCAUUUGAAGUGGCAAAAGUUCGAACUUUUGUCAAACGUAACUUAGGCUCGACACACGGUGUGCAGUCUGAAUCAGAUGUCGUGCCAGUGUCACUCCAAAGUUGAACUUAUUCAGUUAGGUUUGGCACAUGAAAAGUAUGGUGUCUGAACCAGGCCUUAGACAAAAUGCUAAUGCUAAAGACUAAUGUUGAAGACUAAUAUCCUGACUGGUAAAGGCCAUGACGAAAGUACUUUCAGCAUGAAGAGGGCAAGAGAAUUAAUUCCAUACAUAACCACUAAUUCCUUCUGUUACUGUAGUUCACUACUGAUCAACCUACAUAUUCUUAGUAAACUAACAAGAAUGUAGAAUCAGUUAUUGAAGUCAGUGAGUGAAAUUAAAAGAAGAUCUUAGUGUUCAGACAGACAGACAGACAGAUUGUAAUGAGCUAUUUUUUUUAACCAUUGAUCUUUUGAUUCUAAGUCACCACAGGCUCACCAACUUUGCAGUAGGGCACCUGUGUCCAACCUUGCACAGUUUCUUCUUGUGAAUGUGCAUCAAACUUGUGUCUUAAUUGCACUAAGAUGACUUCAACUGAGUUGUUUCACACACUAACUGGGAAUGGUUAUAUCGGACUGGUGUUUUUUAUUUUAUGUCAUGACAUGUUGCACUCAAUCGACCUUACUUUGACACCUGCUCAUGGUUUUUCACUGGCAAUUUUAUGUAAUCAGCUAGCUGGCUGCACUGCCUAAUUUUAUUUUAUUUUAUUUUGAUUUAUUUUAUUUUAUUUUUGUUUUGGCAUGCCUCUCUUUGUUGCAUGGCUAUAAAAUUAAUCUACUAUUCAAGUCUGCAAGUCUGUAAAUAAUUAUUGAUAAGGUUAAUGUCUGUUUUGUUUCUUUUUAUUAAAAAUAAUAUAAUUGUGUGGCUAGUCUGUUUUUUUAUGUAAAUAUCAGUUAAAUUAAUCUAAUGCAUGUAUUGCACUGCCAUAACUAGCUAGCAUUAUUUUUUUUUGGUUCUGCAUUGAUAAAGUUGCCCUUACAGCUUUAUUCAGUAACAACUUGUUUAUAUUGCAAUCCACAUUGAAUUUUGUUUGAAGAGGUGAAAUUAUAACAUUCAAAGUGACUUACACAUGCUUGAAUUAUUUGGCCCAUGCAAGUACCAAGUCCUUUGCUAGCAUGAGUUUUAGGAACAAAAUGUAAAAAUGAUUUUCAACCCUAUUUUUCAUCAGAGUUCUCAUUGCAUUUUUAAGUAGACAGCUUGGAUAUGAAAGUAGGCGGCUUGGUAAUUGAGUGCUGUAGGCAAUUUCAGGCUUUCACUCUCACUUCACUGUACUGUAUUUUCCCAAAAAGGAGACGGCUCAAACCUCCAAGCAGCCAUAUUUUUAGCCGGCUGCCAGCACUUAAUGGGAACCCUGUUCGUUAACUUGUAUACCCUUAUAAAUUAUUCCCAAGUGUAAUAAAAGUCAAAUUAUCGUAAUGUUUAUUAGUAGCCUGUGGGACAAAAAAAACAAACAAACAAAUAAUCAAAACACACUCUUGAAAGGUAUGCUAGAAAGGAUUCAUUUUUAUAGCCACAGCCAUCACAUAGAGAUUAUUGAAAAAUGAUUGCUUCCUGACAUUUUAGAGCCAAUUUCAAUACAUUAGUUACCGUACUAUGACUUUAAGGUACCAUAUUUAUUUUAUAUGGUGCUUAAAAAGAUCAACAAAAAAUCGCUGUUAAUUUUUGUAUUAUUUUUAUUACGCAAAGCUCCAUACAAGUCACUUUGAACAAGCAGUUUUAAUCUCACCUCUUCAGUAGAAUUAAAACUAAAAAUGUUACUUAGUAAAACAGUAUCACUUUGCUAAUUCUCUCCAUUUAUUUUAGCCGUCUCUAUUUCAGUUUUAGCUGUCAAGAGGGUGCUGAACACGUUAGAGACCCUAGACCGUUACAACUUUCACCGCGCAGAUUCCUCAAAUUCCAUCGACACACUUUACAGCAAGAUUUUUGCAGACUCCACAAAAUCUGGAGGACAGGUAAAGAACUUUAUAUUACUACAAUUAUGUAAGACCCAAACAGACCACGAAGGUUCCAGGAAACAAGGAGGGGGGAAAGAGAGGGGUGGGUGGGGGGGUAAUUUAAAGUCUAGGGGGUGCUACACCCAUCCUAGUUCUCCCUCCACUGAAAAAUAUGGUUUUAUGAGGUACCAGUUAUUGAUUACAGAACCCUGGAGUUCGUGCCCAGAAAUUAAGGCCCUACAAGACAGAGUUUUAGGAACGUUCUGUUAAAUAAAACAAAAGUAAAUCAUGGACAAUUUUCUCUUUUUCUUGGUAGAGAGGGGAUGGGGAAGGGGACUUGUCACCAUCUGCUCUUAACCCAUAAAUAAUUACGCCUAUGUAGAUGUCAAUAUUGUGCACAGAGUGGCCACCCCUCUAAAAUGGUUUACCUGCAAUAUUUUAAACGGUAUUGUACGAUUGUACUGUACGAUCUCCUGCCAUUUUUUUAGCAGCAUUGUGUGCUGCGAAUUGUAAAAUUGGAUGAAAUAUUGUAAUGCAGCUUUUAAUCAUAAGUCAAUCAAAAUUCAAAAUUUUGCAAAAACAUGCCCGGGCAAAAAGAAAAAAAUAAAUAAACAGAGGAACAAGCAAAUGACUCCUGUCGCACAUUUGGUAGCUUCUUAGAAGAUCUUGGAGCAUGUUGGCCAUGUUAAGUGGAACGCGGUGAAUGCUAAAUUGCAGGCUAUUGUACUUGAGUAAAAUCCAACUAGUGGUCUAUCAUCAAUGCUGCGUUCUGAUUGGUUGAGCUACUACUAAGCUAUAUGUUAUAGCCCACAAAAGCCCACAAAGCCCAGGCUUUUUGGUGGCAAAAAAGGAUUUAAGUCUAGCUUUCUCCAGCUAAAGUUGUUUUGUCUCGAUAUUUUUUACCAACCAGUUGGAUUUUACUAAAACAAUUAUUCCUCUCUCCCGAAUGGGCUCUGAGUCAAUAGCUCAUUCGGGCUCGGGGAAUAAUUGUUAAAUACAUGCCUUGUGACAGGACCUCGCUUAGCCUCAUGAAAAAGCCACAGUUCAAAUUUUGAACUGGGUAUAUGUGAAAUCUAACUAUAUGUGCUUGUCUUUUAAAAUUUAUUCAAGGCAUCAGCUACUGAUGAGGCCAUUGCUCUUCUCCUUUUUGAAUGGGCUGUCAGCAAAUAUCGUGUUGGAAAAUACCGAGCUCUAGCAGUUGCUACGUUAUUACAAAGAAGGCAAGCAGAAAUUCUUGAAGAGGUAAGACGACAGAGAUCUACUAUCAGCAUAGAUGUUCUCCACACUGUCCUCCAUACAUUUCUUUGGUACUGAUAGGGAGAAUGUGUUAAAAUUAAAGAACUUUGCGUCCAAUUCUUUAGGCCAAAGUAAUCCCAAAUCUAAAUAUUAGUGUAAGAAUGAGUUCGUCUAUAUCAGAGAUUUUGAAGCCGUUUAAAAAACUCGCAGUUGUGUGUUGUCAGGUUAAAAAAACAAAAAUACACUCCACCUCGUUUUUUAAACGGUACUUAAAACACCCCCAUGAGCUUAUCGGCUUUCACAAUUUGUCGCAUAUUAUGAAAAGGAUUAUUUUUAUGUUAAAAAAAAUUGCUUGGUACUAAAGGAGACUUUUACAUUCCAACCCUUUUGAUUUCAUCAGAGAGAAAGUUCAAAUGAACAAGGCCAGGAGAGUACAUCAUCAAAUGUUGGAUCUGUUUCAGCGUGUACGGUGCCCUGUUUCCAAAAAGUUCUUAUGAAUUUCUUGGACAACUAUGCGCCUGUGGUUGGUGAGUUUACCUCUAUAUCUGCUUGUUUUAAUGUUUAUUAUGAUUCUUUUCAAAAUAUUUUGCCGUUUCUGGUUGGGCGUAAUCCCCCGGCUCUUAAAUUUUCUUGAUAAUCAGCGGGCGCUGCCUAUAAUUUUGAAGAUGCAAGCCAUAUGCCUUUGAUCCGAUGGUAUGAUCAUUAUCAUCAAGUGUCGUCGCGCCAGUAGGUGCAUAAGGCCAUACAAUGGUUUAUUGCCCCAAUAUACAAUCGCAAACCUCGUUUCCAGGCAUCUGCGCGGCAGCCAGCUGUUUUGGCAUGAAUUAACUCAAAAAAAGGGCAAAAGAGUUCGAGGCUAUCCGUAGACGAAGUAGCUGAAUUACUGACUAAAACAAAUGCAAGGCAGAUGUCAUCCACGUUUUAAGGAGUAUCUGCGGGGAAAACGCUCUCGAAUAAACACUAUAAGAAAAAAUGAUUUAUCGUUGUUCUUGUCGGUUAUCUGUAAGAAAUGUGAUUUGACAUAAACGCUGCCCUCUAUUAAACGUCGCAUCGAAAACGCCAAGAUUCUUAUUAACUCCGCGGUGUUUAAUCGACUAAAUGCGGUAUUUAUUCGCAGAUGGUGGUUACCAACACAACAAGACGCAUCCAAGCUUCGCACAGCUCACUCUUCUUUUUGGGGAACUGAUCAGAAAUGAAGUGUUUUCCCACAAUGCCUACAUGUGCACUCUGAUCUCAAGAGGAGACCUGCAACCCACUGCCGCUGUGUCCAUCCCAUCCCCACCCCGGAGCACCCUCCUGGAGCACCCUCCUGAAGCUGAACCUAUGGGUAUUGAAGAGUGUGUGCAGGAAGGAGAUGCGCAGGGGGGAAUAGACAUUCAUAGCCUGGUACGUUUGCUUUUGAAAAUGCAUCAGCUCAUAGGUGCACAACAGGCCAUUUCCCCAGCUGUCUUAAGCCUCUGUUUCAAACCGAGGCUAAGUGAAAAGCCAUUGAUUUGAAAAUGAUUGUUUUUAUUCUCACGCAAAUAAAGCUCAUUUUCACCAUAAAGGUUUUGCACUUAAUUUUAGCCUGUGUAGCAAGCGUUUCCGUGCGGUUUCGGAGCAAAGAACAAGGAACGAGAGUCAAAGACCGCAUGAAAAAUGGCGCGAGUAAAAGACCGGGGAAGGGGUGGGAAAGAAAGGUAAGGUUUCCUUCCUUCCCCUUCCCCUCUCCCGUCUUUCACUGUUUGGCUCUCGAUCCAUUUCUCGCACGGCCAAACCGAAAAUUCCGUUUACUACGUAGGCUAACUUAACCUCGUUUUGAAAGUGAGAGUUAGGAACUCGGAAAUGGCCAAUUCAUUGGACAGAAUUAACUAAUGGGACGUUUUUAUUGAUCAGCAAGAUCAAAAAAAUAGGAAUCCUAUUGGAUCGUUGUGCACCAUCAAGAAGUCCACAAAAAACAUAUAACAAAGUCUCACGGGCUUCAUGAUAACCAUUCCACCUUAUUGACUAUGAUCAGCCAAAGUAUUCUUUGUAUUUAACUCAGAUACAGUGAAGAGCUAAAUCUGCAAUAUACCACGCCUUGUGGCACCGUGUUCAUUACUUUGCCACCAAAAGUGACAAAUGAUAGUGCAGUUUCUAAUUGGUCGCGGAUGAAGACUCAUUUAUAAAGGAUUAGCCUCUACCUAUGGUAAAUAUAUUCACAAAUUCCAGUCAGAAGGAGACCUGUGCACAAAUGUGCCUUUCGUUUUAAGUCACGCACCUUCUCGCCGGUAUUUGCGAUUAUUUUACUUUAUGUCCAGGCUAACCAUUUUGUACCAUUUUAAUGAUCCACUUAUUAUAAGGUGAUGAGUUUGUGAGUGCACUUAUGAGCGAUGGCAGGCUCUAUGCAUUUUUUUGCAAUGUAGUUCAUCUCAUGAAAGAUAUUGUUUAUCGUGGUAUGUGCAAAAAGGGUUUCCUUUUAUCGUUCUGUCACGACGGUCAGUUAUUGAUCAUGACCGGUUUCGACCGCGUACUACAGGUCUUCAUCAGGCGAUAGUGUCGAUUUACUCAGUGGGACUAUUAGUACCACCGUGAUUGCUAGUGAUUGGUGUAUUAUGAACCAAUAAGUUGGUUUUCUUUUUGGCCUCAUAAUAAAUCCUUUUUUGACCAAGCUUGUUCGGUCAUGAUGGCUGGAUAUUGGCCUCGUUCUUGUUUGCGUUUUUAUAGACCGAGACGAACUUGCACAAUAUCCCUCCAUGGUAAAUGGCGCAUAUAUCAUAUGAAUGCCAUAUGCUGUGUAGUUGCAAGGCUUACAUUACUGAUAAUGGUCCUGUUAUUUUCUCAGUCUUGCCAUGAAGAUGACGGUCGUAAGGAUAGUAGCAGUGACAGUGAACAAAAGAUUACUCAGCAACUGCUGGACCAGGAACUUCUUGUUCAUCAAGAAAGACUUAUACAGCUACUAGAUCAGGGUGACAAUGAAAUCUUUAUGGACCACGAAGCUCCGAUAUUAACGGCUGAUCUGUCAGGUACAGAAAUGUUGUGUACGUAAGGGUCCACUGCAUUCACAUGUAUAAGGCGUUUUGUCGAUUUAUCCGAUUGGCUGGGAAAAGCGACGAGGUUGGUCCGGUUUAGUUCAUACCCCCGUGACUAAUCGCAACUCGUUUAUUUUUGUGUUCAUCCAGCUGUUGCAAAUGGCACCAAGCUAGACGGUGGCCUGAUGAAUCCAACUUCCUUGGCCAGCGUUGAUCAAAGAGACAAUUGGCCGAUGGAAUCCCCCUGCAACCUUCCAAAAAAGUCACAGCAUACCCAAUAUGCACAACAUUUCCCCAUCCCAUUUGAGAGCAUCACAGCACAUGAUAGCAGUCAGCGACUUGUUUUGCUGCAUGGUGUUGGCAAAGCAAGAACCAAAGCAAUAGCCACCUCAAAAGAAGUAACCAAAGCGUUGUGCGCGAUGCUGAAUGAGCUGGGAAGGCUGGACGACUCUGGGCUUGGUGCUGACGGUGCACAGAACAGUGAACAUGUUCAGUUGAAACGUGAGAGAGAUGAAAAAAGAGCAGUACUUUACAGGUGAAUGCCUAACAUGUACUUACGUAAAUGGGCUCUGUCACGUCAUUUUCUCCUUUUUCGAGGAGCUAAAAUGCGUCUUCACUUCAAGUGAAUUCAAAAAAUAAUGAUGUAAUUUUGUUUUUUGAGACUGUAGUUAGCUAUUGAAACUGUUUCCUGUUGUUGGUUGCCACGGAUGGCAAGGAUGGAUAUGGAUAGAAAUUUGAAAAAGUUGGGGCAACCUCUUCAAGGUUAAAUUCCAUGGCUGCAAAAAUCAACAAAAAAAGUGAUAAUUAAUGCUUCCUGAUAACACUUUUUUGGAUAUCUUCAUAACUCUAAAGGAACCAGAUCUUUUGUAAGGGUAAAGGCACUAAUAAGUAAUGACUUCAGCAAUGAAUUGAACUAAAUAUUACCUCGUGCAAGGCAUAGCCCCCCCGAGGGGGGGUGGGGGUACUCAACAAAUGUUUAUACGGGGAGGUUCCACCCCGAGGACCACCCCUUUGCCCUUUUAUCUACCAUUUUUUCACGAAAAAGGUACCCUUUUUGUAUAUCUUCUUUGCGAAAAAAAAAUUUCUGCAUCCCUUUUAAAUGCUAAAAAUGCCCUAUCCUGCAAAAAAGUACCCCUGCCUGAAAAAGGUACCCCUACCGGGCGGAGCUUCCCUUGUAUAUACUUCUAAUAUGGAAGAGACGGUGGACUCAGCCCGAGGCGGUAGGAGGGGGGAAUUCCUAGUACACCAGAGAGCUAAUUCAUCGCUGUGGGGAGAGGUGUAGGGCGUGAAAAGAAUUGUACCAAACCGAAAGACUAAGCUUCUCUUAUUCGAUAUUACUUUUCCAUGGUCAUCGCCUUCAGCUGUUUUCCGGAGCACUGGAUAAUGUUUUGCCAUCUUUGUAACACGAUCGCAUGAUGGUUUUAUCGGUCAGUUUACAGGUUUCUUUCUUUCUGAAAACCGUUGUAAGCCUUGAAGACUUUCUAGUAAAACAUAACAGCCACAAUUUUAAUUAAUCGCCCACUUUUUUCUUCUAUUUUGACAGCAAAUUCUCCAAUUUGACCUGCUUCGACCAGUACCUUGCUGUAGCAAAAUGUGCCAAUAUCGUGAAAGAUCAGAAAGCCAAACAACCCAGGACCUUUGGUUUAGUCUCGUUAGCUCCAACAGUCAACCAGGUGGAAUUCUUGUACGACUUGUAUGAACUUGCUGGUGAUGUACACGGCCUGCUGGACUUUGUGGCAUUUGUUCUUAUGCCAAGCGAAGAUGACAUUUUAACCACUCAAGUCGCGCUUGUUAAAUCAGUGGUUGGGACCUUACCAACCAAAUCCACCAUUGUGGUGGCAAUGCUGCGGAAAUAUCACGGUAGCUUGAUGCUGCUUCCAGAACACACUACCAGGAUAUUCAGAGGGUAAGUUAGUCCACUUUCCAUUUGUCAGAACUGGCCGGCCGGACCAUUGCCGGACCAGUCAGUUAGCAAGUGAAAUCGACUUUUUCCGAAGGAUUUUUACUGAAAACCAUCUCCUUCGUGCAUACUAUUUAGGAUUUGACGAGCUUGGCUGGGAAAGGCUAGAAUAUGUAAGACUUAAACAGUUGGCUUUGACAAUGUAUGAAAUCCAUAAUGAUCUUUCCCCGUCGUAUCUGAGGCGGAUCUUUGCCAACACCUCAAAUGUACACUCACACAAUCAUAGAAAUUCUGAGUUAAAUUAUUAUGUCCCCAGACCCAGAACUGAGUCUGCAAAAGAGAGCCUGUACUACAGAGGAUCUGUUCUGUGGAACAAGAUUCGCUCAGAGAUUAGAAACCUGCCCACCGUAGUUUAAAUGUUUUAAAACUUCAUUUCAUGGGAAAGAUUGUCUUAAUACACCAUGACUCAUUGCAACUAAAUAAAGUUUUUGUAUUUUUAACUUUAUAGUCAAGUAGUUCCUUAGAGUACUUUAGUUUAAUUUUCCACACGAUUCCUAGGAAGACCAUGUAAAAAUGAUACGAUUUCAUGUAUAAAUAAAGAUUGAUGAUGAUGAUGAUGAUGAUGAUUAUAAAAGUGAAAUUCAUUACGACGGGAAUGGUCUGGCAGGUCAGUUCUAACAAAUGGAAAGCGUCCUGAGAAAACAGCCGACAAUUCGGGAAGUCGCGAUUAGUUUUUCCACGAAAUGACGUCUGAGGGAACGUGGGUAGAAAAUUAUUCCAUACUGAUGACGUACCACUACCCAGGUCCAGAUGACCUGCGAGCAAGUUCUCUGCCUCUCACCUCUUCCACACUGCAUGAGACUUGCUGAUGCUGAAAGCAUUUAAAUAAAUGUGUGAAGAAAAUGGUUGUGAGGGAAGGGUUGUGUCCAUUAUCAGGAUCAAUUUGUGAAAUUGUUAAUGAAUGCCGGGAUCGAACCCCCUGACGUCACGCUUUACAGGCUUAAGUCCUAUUACCUGAGCUUAUCUUGAAGUUACUAAAGAACAACAAUAACAUUAUUUUCCUUACAGUCUCCUUGCAGCAGUGGAAAAUAUUGCUUAUCCUGGCAUCUGUUCUUCGUCGGAGAGAUGCAUCCUGGCACUGUUGUUUGACUUGUAUUCAACUUGUGGUCACCUCAGAGUAAGAUUGAUGUGAUGAACUUAAAGGUGAUGUUACACGAGACGAUUCGCAACGACGCUUUUGAGCGCAACACAGCGUACCAAUGUUGGAACAAUGUUGUAACCAUUCGAAACAAUGUUGUAAUGCUGUGUUGCGCUAAAAAUCGACGUUGCGAAUCGUCCCGUGUAACAUCACCUUAAAGGGACUUUGUCGUGACUGUCCAAUUUAUUUUGCCAAUGAUGCCAAUUACGCGUCCUUGUUAGCUAUGAAACGACUGUGAAUGACUAAAUCACUGCCUCAUGUCAAACAAAUAUGUCUCCCUAGCGUUAUAUCAAACGUUAUAAACAACAAAAAUGGAGUUGGAAAAUUUGUUAGGCUAACAAAUGAAAAAAAAAAAGAAAAGAAAAACAGAGGACACAAUAUUACAAUCUGUUUCAAUUUUCACGUUUCUCCAUCAUUGCCUCCAUUUGUAUUUGCUGUGUUUUUUAUACCUUAUUUUAAUGUUUUGAGAAGUUAUUUUUGUUUGACUCAAUUUGCUUGCAGUUCCCGCUCUUUUAAUUUUGAUCAAUUGCCCGCAUGACGCAGCUUUUUUAAAUUCAGUCUUGUUUUGACGUUGUUGAGAAUUGCAGGGCGCUGAAGUAGCGGAACCUCAUCGAACGGUUUUUUUUUCCAUCUUCCUGGCCCAAACGUUAGAUUAGUAAUUUCCUUAUUCUACAACCCAUGAAGGGUGCGUGUAGAAACGUCCUAUUGAGGUUUCGUAAAUUUCCGAAUGCGCGUGAAACUUACAAAAAUUUCACUUGUGCGAAAUAUCCAGAUAUCUUCAGCACAGAUUGCCCUAAAAUCAAAAAGGCUUUCUCUCCACACUCAGUACUCAGGAGCUUGAGCAAAGACGACGACGAUGGCAGUGAAAACGUCUCUUAAAAACAUGAAUUUGCCUCCUUUCAAACUGUAUCGCGCCUAUUUGCACCCGCUCAAUUUGUCAAAUGUAGGCGAUUCCUCCUGGAGUUGAAUUCUUAAGGACUUUGUCCAGGUUCAAAAAGAGACAGGAAAAUUUGUCGUCGUGUGUUCACGUCCUUCAUAAAACGUCGCAUUAGGAGGUUUCACGUCAUAGUCGUGCAGUGGACGUCAAAGAAAUGUACUAAAAAGCGUGAUGCACGUGCAGAGCUUUUGUUUUGCUCAUAAAACCAAUUGUUUUUUGACGUUGUCGUUGUCGUCAAAGUUAUUUAAGCUCCCUAUUAUUUACUCUUACGUAAUACUUUAUAAUUUGCUCUUUAUUUAGAUGAAAUAUGCAGACAUCUUCAGUACGGCCUACACCAAGAUCAAACAAGCUGUGUGUUCAAGCACCACACCAUCAGCUUGUACAGAACCUUAUGACUCGAAGUUUAUGGCAGAAUAUUUCCAGAAUCCAAGGUCAGAAACUGCUCCCUUUUUCAGUUAAUGUUAUAGUCUGAGAAAACAGCUGACAUUUCGCUGACAUUUUCCCGCGAAAUGGCGAGCAUUCCAUACUAUUGGGUUUUGCCGUGACGUCACGGCGGCGAAAACAAAAGUUUCUGAACUAAACUCUGACGAGAACGCAUGAAAAUUCCAUACCGAGUCCCAGGUUGAACCCACGUGUCACCAUAGCUGGAGACUCUAUGGGGCCUGUUUCGACUGGAACCGCAUCACGCGGCUACACAGCCAAGCAAUGGUUGAAGAACUCACUAACAGCAUCGCGCUGUCACCUUAAAGCAUAUCCAAGAUGCGGCCAACCAACCUCAAAGUACAACAACAACAUGAUAUUAAUUUGAGGAGGACUCGGAAAAAAAAAAAAUCCGAGUCCCAGGUGGGAUUUGAACCCACGACCCUCCGUGAUCUAGUCGGAUGCUCUAACCACUUGAGCUACUGGAGACUCUAUGGUGAGCAAGGUGAUGUGGGUCUCGACUGGAACAUCACGCGGCUACACAGCCAAGCAAUGACUGGCACACAAGAAGUGAAGAACUCACUAACAGCAUCGCGCUGUCACCUUAAAGCAUAUCCAAGAUGCGGCCAACCAACCUCCAAAGUGAGUAUAUUAAAGAUGAAACAACAACAACAUGAUAUUAAUUUGAGGAGGACUCGGAAAAAAAAAAUCCGAGUCCCAGGUGGGAUUUGAACCCACGACCCUCCGUGAUCUAGUCGGAUGCUCUAACCACUUGAGCUACUGGAGACUCUAUGGUGAGCAAGGGCCAAUUUGUGGGUCUCGACUGGAACCGCAUCACGCGGCUACACAGCCAAGCAAUGACUGGCACACAAGAAGUGAAGAACUCACUAACAGCAUCGCGCUGUCACCUUAAAGCAUAUCCAAGAUGCGGCCAACCAACCUCCAAAGUGAGUAUAUUAAAGAUGAAACAACAACAACAUGAUAUUAAUUUGAGGAGGACUCGGAAAAAAAAAAUCCGAGUCCCAGGUGGGAUUUGAACCCACGACCCUCCGUGAUCUAGUCGGAUGCUCUAACCACUUGAGCUACUGGAGACUCUAUGGUGAGCAAGGGCCAAUUUGUGGGUAAAGGGUAAAUUCUUCGAGGAAAUAUUAUUUUGUUUUGACCCCCAACAUGGCCGCCUUGUCACGUGGUUGCAAACCAAGAAUUGACGUGUCACCAUACUGGAGUGGGGCCUGUUUACAAAAAGAGAUGGUUACCCUUGUGCUAGGGUUACCCUAGUAAGUGGGUUAAAGAUAGCCCGGGUUUACAAGCCGUGAUUUCACAGAAACGUCACCCUAUCACCCGGGUCAACUUUACCAGCUUUACUGACGUGUUUUGUCAAGCAAACUUGAAGCUCUCUAUGGCGAACACCUUAAAUUCACAAUAAAACGGAAAAAUAUUAUCAUCGUAUACAGAAAAUAGUUACUAUUGUUCAGAUGUUUAUAAUUUGGCUCAGAAAUUGGAUAACUCCAUUCAAGUUGUCAAGAUUACUGUCUCUCAUGACGGAGGAAAGUUUCCACGGGUAGGCGAGCUAUCCCUAGCGGAGCGUUUACAAGGCAGGUAGGGUAACCCUCUUGCUAGGGUAACCUUUACAUCCCGGUAGGGUUACCCUAGUGCUAGGAUAACCCUACCUGCCUUGUAAACACGUGUCGUAAAAAAGAAGAAAUAUGGGAGUGCUAUGGUAACCCUCUUGCAAGUGUAACCCUAGCACCAGGGUUUCCCUCCCUCCUUGUAAACAGGGCCUUACAGGGUAUCUAGCAUCAGUUUCCAUGAUUUCACAAAUCUGAUGUUACGUUUCAGAACCAAGCGGCUUGACGGCAUCUGGGAAUACCUCCAUAACCAUGAAAAACCCUCUGAUGUGUACAGCUUUGUGUGCAACGCCAUGAUGAAUGUGUGUAACUGUCAAAGUAGUGAAAGGUGAGUUUGUAGAAAAAGUAUAUCCAGUGCACAGGAUCCCCAUCAGCUUCUCUGAUGACUUCUACGUUUGUGGCUCUCAAGAAUGCUAACUUAGGAGAGGAAAGAUGCAUUUAGUUUGAAUAAAAUUUUUUUGUUGUUGUUUUCACAAUGGUACAGAUUUUUUACUUUCUUUUUAUUAUUGUAUCAUCUGCAGGUUGUAUGACAUUGGUGUGUUGUGCGCCGAAGUUACAGCGCACCAUGGUAGGCUCAGUUCUGAAUGGCUUGGAGUCCUAAGAGCUCUGUGCUGCUCAUCGAACAGUUCAUCUGGUUUUGUUGACUUGCUCUUGGAAGUAGAUGUGAGUAAACUCACCAGAACCUGAGUGGUAACCGAUAAUUUUGCCAUAAUGUUAAGUAAUUUUGACAGUUUUGGAAAUCUCCCUUCUAACUGGAUGUAAUGAAGCUGCAUUUUUUUUAUUUUGGCGCAUGUACAGUAAUCAAAAUUUGGACGAAUCUAUUUCGAUCCUUCUUUCUUUCUCUCUUGCUUACCGUUUCCUUUGUUUUCUAUAUCUAGUUUUGUUGCACUUACUCUUCUUAAUCGUAUUUCUUUAUGUCGGCUGGCUAACUGUUCGUUCUCCAGGCAGUUAGGGUCAUCGCCGGUGUAAUAUAAUUUAUUCGUUUUCUUUGUUUUAUGGACUAUUGUCAGGGUUGGGUUCAUUGUUAAGGAUGUGUUGUUUUCUUUGUUUUACGUCAGCUGUGAGUACUAAAUUAUAUAACACUAUUACACCGGAGAUGAGCCGGAAAUUGGGAAAUUUAUCUGGAAUGAGUCUUAGGUGAAUAUCGAAAUUGGUAGUGGAUUUUGUCCUCAGAUACAUAAUCUGCGUCGUUCCAUACUGACCUAAAAUGACCCGAUCCGUUGCCAAGGGGUUAAAGCGAUUACCUAGUGACAAAGCGUUGUUUCACCCACCACAGGUAGGAGAUUUAUCAAUCCAUGAGUCAGUAGCUACAUUUACAGCCCUGCUUAUUGCCAGAAGUUGCUUCUCACUAGAGGACGUGAUCUACCACGUGGCUUUACCAUCUCUUUUAGCUGCUCUACCCUCUGGUAAGUUAGAAGACACUCUGCUUGCUCCCAAUUUUCCUUGAUGACUUGACGAAUAGUAGAAGUACAAACGAAUGCUGGCUGCAUACGUGUCGCGCAUGCGUAAUAGCUCCUCUGGUCGCCCGGAAAUAAUUGCCGUGGGUGAGUGGGUGAGAGAGUGAAAGGAAGGGGGACGUAAGAUAGUGAUGGGGUAAGGGAGAUGAUAGGCGUAAGGGAGACAGGAGGCCAAGUAAUGAGGGGAAAAUGCCAUAAGAAAGGAGAUCGGGGUGUGGUAAGAGACCAGAAACUCAUAAGGGGUUGAAACGUGUAACUCGCGUUCAAUGCUCGUGAAUAUUCAUUUUGACCAUAUUUGGAAACCUUAGUGACGGAUAUCCAUUUUCAACAAAAUGGCUGUUGCGCGAUCUCCAUGCAGAUGUUUUAAGACAAGAGUUCUGCAUUUCACGGUUAAAAAUACACCGUUAAAAGACAAAAAAUGGAAAGAGAAAGUUCAAAAGAAUUCUCAGUUUUCUUUUUGUGGAGAAAGGGAAGCUUUUCAUCUAGAAAUCGUCCUUCGAGGAAUUCAACCUUGUUUUCUUCACGGCGGAGCCCAUGGUCUGUUUUGAAAUGCAACCAAGUCAGCGAAGUUUUUGCUGAAUUUUCAGGUACAUUUUGCACUCUAUGGCCAAGACAAGUACGUUUGUGAAAGGGAAUUUAUGUAUUUUUAAAUGUUUCAUAGACGUUUUAUAAAUUUUUCUCUUCGGCGCUAAGGAAAAAUUACAAAAUGUGCCCUGAUUUGAGAUGGACUUUGUGUUGAAUUUUGCCGUGUGCUUAGCCCAUUUCACUUGAGUGAACGGAUCCACGAUCCAGAUAGUGUUUUCCGGAUUGCUUUAGAGGAUUAACUUUUCGCUGAAUAAAAAUUUUCAAGAAACGGCUUCUCUGUAUAUUGUUUUGAGUUUGUUCAUUUAUAAAAUUAGCUCAAAACACGAUCGUGACUACAACAUCUAAGUUUAAUUUAAGCUUUUACAGCCGUAAAAUGCUUCCCACAUUCAUUACAAGCAUCACUUUUUGCGAAGAUGUCAUGUUCAGGUUUUUGCACACUUUUCGAUGCGUAGCUAAUGAGUUUUAUUCGAAAAUAUUUUUCACUGUUUAUUCUAGACUUUUAACAUGAGAAUUUUAAAAGCCUAUUUGCAGUAUAAGUUUACUGUGCAGAUGGUCAACGAGGCAUCGUUUUUUGAAGUGACAACUUCAAGAAGUUGCGAGGCCGUCAAUGGGUUUCGUAAUGUUACGUUUGGCCCAGGUGGUAAGGCAAUAAUAUCCUGCUCAGUGUUUCGGUAAUAUUCCUGGUUUCAACCUUUGAAAGCUUUCUCGGCUUUCGGGAGUUUUUCCCCCGUUUGUCGGCCAUUUUUUUAAGCGGGCGCGGGAACCUGAAGGAAAAUUACGUCACGUUGUUUACGAAGUUUGAUUGGUCAGUUAUCUCUCCUUCUCGUUCCAAAUGUGGUACUUUCGAAAAUGAAUAAUCACGAGCAUCGGACAAAGCAAACAUAUGAGAGUUACACGUUUCAACCCCUUAUCGGUUUCUGAAGAGACUUAAACACUCUUCACCUUCACGUUUGGGUUUCUAGGAAACUGCCCACCUACCGCCCCCCUUACCCAACAUUUUGCCUUAUAAAGUGAGAAAUAGGAGUAAACGUUCAGGUAGGGGAGGGGUAGGUGGGCAUUUUCCCCAGAAACCUAGAUUGAUCCGGGAUUUUAACUGUUUGGGAUUGCAGGAGGUGCUGAGAACCAAGAUGCCGAACAAGGAGCAAGACUAACAUGCCACAUACUGCUGCGACUUCUUGACGAGUCUACAGACCACAUGUCACACGACCAUUCUUCUGCUCUCAAAUUUCCAUUUCCUUUUCCUUUUUCCUUUUCAUCUCCUGACCAUCACCUACUGGCCGCCGCACACGAAACCAUUGGGAUUGGUGCUGUUUUGGCAGUAUUCAAAGCCAUGCUUAAACUCUCUGAAGCAGGUUUGUUGUAUUAUACAUCAAGCUUUAUCUCUCUCUCUCCAAGUUGGCCUCGUAAUGAAGGAAAUGUGUGGCGUACGCUACACAGGCAAAUCAAACUCCCUUACAACAGGUUUUCUACCUUGUUUUCCAGACAGAGCAAGUGAUGGUGGCUCAACAAGUGCUAGCGACUCCACUCGUGAUGAUGCAUUCCGCGGGCUGUUUUCCAACAGGUUGGAUGACUUCAUGGAUAGCACUUCCAGUACCGGAGACAUCUUUCCUCCACCUCUGGCCUCAAGCAGAUCAGGUUGGCCACAAAAAAGCUUUUCCUUUUACUAGCACUUGUUUUUUUGUUUUCUUUCCUUUAAUGCUACUUUUUCUCUCCCACUCAUCCAAACCAGCUUUUCUUCCCGUUCUUUUCUUUCUCUAGGUAUACCGUAAAUUGCAGCUUAUUUUAUCCCUGGGUUUAUACUUAUUCGUAAGGGGUUCUUCGGAGGGCCGGGGCUUAUAACCGGAAUCGAACCAGUGCUUCAAAACAAGUGCUGAUUAAAAUACGUUUUGAUCAUAGCGCGGCAGGAUUAGCUCAGUCGAUAUAGCGCUUGACUGCGGAGCGGGAGGUAGCGGGUUCGAGUACUGGGGCCGGACCAACACUCCGGGUCUUAAAAUAGCUGAGAAAUGAAGGUACUGCCUUUGCACUGCAAGCGGCUAGACCUUCGCGUGGCGCGGAUGACCUUUUUCGUCGGCGCUGGUCCUUCAUCCACCCCCGUCUCCUCUCCCCUCGCUUCUUUCUACUCUAUUGAAACCCUUCUUAUCUUCCUUGAUCUUCCCUCCUUCCAAACCUCUCUUCCCGACCUCUUUGUCCUCCCUCCCCUCGUCUUUACAGUACACCUGCCUCCCUUUUCCUUACAUCGGUCAAGGCAGGUAUAGAGAACUCUUUAUCCCCAUAAAAAUGGAUUCUCGUAAUUUUAACGUCGUGGGUUGAUGUUUAAUUAAACUGCGUUCUAUGCAAUUUUCAAUUUGGCCAGCUCUGGUUUAAUACAUUCUUCAACGCGAAUAGUUUGAAAAGGGCAAAACAUAACAAAGACAAAACAUUAUUUACUUAAAAUAAUCCCCAUGUAAAAAUUGCGGUCACUUUGCUGAGCUUGUUUGUAAUGCAUAAGAAAUACCAGCGAGGUUAAUUCAAAGUUGAUGUGUGGAUUUUUACAGCUAUGGAGACUUCCAACGCGAGUCAAUUUGCUGGAUUUGCUUUGCAAGUGAUCUGCAGACAGGAAUGGGUGAGGGAGAGGUGUCUUCAAGAUCCACAAGUUCUCUGUUCACCUGAACUACUGCUGGAUCCGGCGAUUUCUCCAAAUCAGGUGAGUGUACAUUUUGCAAUGGAAGGGGUUCGUGAUUAAGGCAUUAAAAAUCACGUUCAUUUAGGGGAACGCUUUCUAUUCGUUUCCUGAGCGAAUGCCAAUUCAAAAAGAUGGCUUCGCGUAGUAAUCUAUUGAACAACAUUCAUAUUCAUCCUCAGUUGUUUUAAGGUAUGAGAAAAUGAUUGAUCAGGGCACUAAGCCAGGCUGGGACAGCUUGGCUUAGGGAUAGUUACUAACGCCCACGCGACUCUCUGGGUGGAAGGGUGAGCCGUUCACCCGUGCGUGGCCCCUUUAAUAGCUGAGAAAGAAUGGAUGAUUUCCACUAUUGAUCAUAAGGAGUUAUGUAAUCGCACGUGAAACUGUUUGACUAGCCACAUUCAACCUGUUAAUUGGGUGUCUUUCAACUUCGAAUAUCAUUAUGAGUGAAUAGUGUUCCUGUACUCAAAGACAAAACCAAAAGACCAAAUGGCUAACAGUGAAUUUGUCUAUUAGGCCAGAAAAUUGCUGCAUCUCAUCUGCUAUCCAGCUGGUGUCCCAUCAUCCAUUGGUGGCCUUGUUGCUAACAGCAACGACAUGGAAACAGUGCAUGAAGCCGCAAGCAGAAUAUUGCAGGUCAGUGGUGUUUUAUAUACCUAGCCUGUAAGAAUGAUCUCGACUCGAGCAAGGUGGUAAAAGGGCCGGAACGAUUGUAAAUUGUAAAUUGUAAUUUGUUUACCCAAGAAGCUCUUAGGAGUUCUUAUGAACUCGUUUAAACGUGUCCGUACGUUCCAGAUCGAAUUGGAAUUUGGACUGAAGUGUUGGUUUUUCAGGAGUGGGGAAAACCGGAGUACCCGAUGAAAAACCUAUUGGAGCAAGGGAGAGAACCAACAACAAACUCUGACCCACAUAAGGCGUCGACGCCGAGAUUUGAACCUCGGCCACAUUGUUGGGAGGCGAGUGCUCUCACCCACUCUCACCACGCAACCCUUGCUCGCCAGGGAGGGGUGAGGGAAAAAAUAAAGCUUUCAAUCAAAUUCUACAAUGGUAGACAUACAAAUGUGGCAUGCUGGCAAGGUUUCAAAGAGCCGCAAUGUUAGAAUAUACAUUUUUCUCAUGUAUUGACCAGGCUUAAAAUCCACCAUCACAUUUCUGUCAUUGAGCAUAAACACAUGGUAUAAACAUUCCAUUGCUUAGCAGUAUGCAGGAUUUUUGACACAGGAACCUAGCUUAGUGGCCUUAGAUCGUACGAAUAUCCUCUCGUAAUCAGACUAGCAAUGAGAAGGUCAGGUUCGACUCCUAUUUGAAGUACUCGGAUUUUUUCUUCCGAGCCACCUGGGUCACUGACUGAUUAAACAUCCUUCUUAUAUAUUCACUAGGCUUAAAAUUCACCAUUACAUUUCUAUCAAAUGUGAUGUCGUUUCAUUUUAAAUUUUCAGUCAGAACUUACCAUGUUUUCAAGAUAAGAAGUCUUAUUCUUGUAGUACAGGAAAUUUAAUUGGUACUUGACUAAAAUAUGCUUCUUUUUCUUUGUUUCGCCCCUAUCCUGUUCUCAGUCCCCUUAAGUUAAACUAGCUCACUCCUUUUAAAUCUUCAAAGCGAUGACAAGUUUUUUGUCCAACAGAAUCUGGAUCAGUGGUCGUUACGAAAAUCAUGGUUAGAGUUGCAACUCAUGAUCAAGCAGGCUUCUAAAGAGGUACCAAGGUUCUUCUCAUUUGCAUACCAGGGGGCUUUGUUAUGCUAUUUGCCAUCUUUUUAAAAGGCUAAAAGCUUUUGGUCGAGUUUUGUUAUUUAAGACUUUAUUGAGGCUCUAUUUAGACUUUAUUUUGUUAUUUAAGACUUUAUUAAGACAUUAUUUAGGCUUUGAAACUGUUUCACGAGUCCUGUUAUCUUUUGCAACGGCAAGGAUGGACAAGGAUUUGAAAAAGUUGCGCCCAUAUUUUUCAAGUGCCAGUGGUUUACCUGUAGUAAUCACACACAAAAACAAUCAUUAUGGUUAGUGCUCCCUGAUAACAUUUACGUGAUAUUUUCCUUAGAGCUCUACAGUAACAGGAGCAUUUAGUGUAAGGGUAGAGUUAAGUAGUAAUGACUUCAGCACAGAAUUGACCUAAAACGGCAAUAUCCCCCUGACGUUAGUUUGAUUUUGGUCUCUUGCGUGAUACACUACAUAACGAAAUUGCUUUGUGGUGUGGCCAUAAUUCUCAAGAAACAUUUUCAUUCUAGGAAACUGGACCUCUUUUGGAUGCCAUCGCCACCAGCGCCAUGAAUGUCUUUGUUCAGCGGCAUGACACCACGCCCUUAGCAACAGCACAUAGCAACCAAAAGUCUGUAGUGAUCAAGGGUCCAGAGUGGCUUGUUGCUCCUUUGAUCUCCAAACUUUCCAACUCGGUACAAGGCCGACUCCUGAAGGCCGCAGGUGAAGUACUGGACACGAAACAGUGGUGGAAGGAUCAUUCUGUAAAGUCAUCCGUGUAAGGAACAUUUUAAGAAACUAAUGUCAUGAUUAUGUGUUAGGCUUUUAAUAGUAAAGGAGAGAUUUCGAGCAUUCUACAGUGGAUGGAAAAUACAGUCGAUCCCGUUAUAUUAAUACGGACAUUGAGAGGCCCACACAAAAGUGUCCGUUUUAACGGGGUGUCCGUAUAAUGCGGGUUGAAUUUUGAGUGGUCUGAAAUGUCAUACGACUCCACCCCCUAACCGGGGGGGGGGCGGGGAGAGACUCCCCCGCGCCCCCCACAGGUUAUGGGGUGGAGACAUAUGACAUUUCAGACCAAAUGUAGAGAAAAUGUAGGGGCUUUCUUUCCCCAGGGACAAAGCAAACUGUCCGUAAUAAUGAGGUGUCCGUAUUAAGUGGGUGUCCCUUAAGUGGGGCGUGACUGUACGCAUGUUAGCCGUAGAAUGGAUGUUUGCUUAUGCCGAAGGCACAAGGUUUCGCUUUGUUCGUCAAACAUGAAAUGGGUUAAGUAACUAGCGCAAACACGGUCCUUGUAUUUCAUGUUUGUCGUUUUUCUCAUCGAUAAAAAAAUAUUUUUACAUGCAUUUGUAGUGGUCUAGUUUUUUUCACAGUUAUUUGGCGAAAUAUUUGUCGCGAGUCAGAGUGCACGUGUAAGUUUGUGGCGAAUUCGGCGAGAUUUAGUUGUGUGUUUUUGCUACCAUUUCAAAUUCGAAAAUUUGAUUUACCUCUUUGAUUCUGUUUGAGACAUUUUCAGUGGUUAUUGCGUUAGUAUGAUGCAAGGUUAGCAUUUAAAACACUGAAAUAAGACUUGUUUGAUUUCUUCCAAAAUGAAACUGUCUGAGGGAUUCUUUCUCCUGCCCAGCCUAGCUAGCCAAUAAAAGAAGACUGCGCUUCCCUCAAAAUAGCCCCAUAGUACAAUUCGAUGUUACACCGAUCCAGCCGUAGGUUCAUCUUCAAAAUGGUCAAUUGCACCUUUUAUUCAUAGUAAGUUGGUAGAGGAGACUGGUUUUGAAAGGCGGCAAACAUCAAAGAUAAAAACAAUAGGGCCGUAGUUUAUGUUAGAAGCUGCCUGACGGAAAAUGGUAGGAAUGCUUUUGAACGUUUUCCACCAUCAUAUCAAAAGAGUCUGACUGGGCUUCUUAAACUUUACAAACUAUAUUCUAUUUUAACCGCUUUGUGUCUGUAGCCCCACCCUGGUUCAUACCCAGCCAUUCCUGUCGCUCGUGUUAGCUUGUCUCAAGGGACAAGAAGAUCAGAGAGAGGCCUUACUUUCCUCCAUUCAACGUCAGCUAGGUCAACUACUGGCUGCUCCUGCUGAGGUUUGUCAUUGACUUUAUUUUGGUUAGUGAUAUUGCUCAGUAGCUUCCGUUUACAUGGUUACAUUCAAGAGUAUCAUUGUUUCAUUCUUGGACUCAAAAGUUAGAACCACCCUGUACAGCAUAAUAAUCAGUAUUACAGGAAAUUGCUGUUCAGUAGCUUUCAUUUAAAUGGUCACACUUAAUCAUUUCAUCCACAGACUCAAAAGUAUAACCACCCUGUACAGUAUAAUAAACAGUACCACGAAAAAGCACUGUUCAAUAGCUUUCAUUUGAAUGGUCACACUUAAACAUUUCAUCCACAGACUCAAAAGUUAGAACCACCUUGUACACCAAAUAAACAGCAAAUCAGUACGUGUACAGUACUGGUAUCCGGUCGCCUCCCCACCAAACCAUCUCGCCACUAAGAAAUAUAUAUGUUUUAAUUCUUAAUUUAAGGAGGUAAGGUUUAAGUGACAAUAUUGACCAACUUUCAAAAGAGAGGCUGUUGGAUUUUAAACGAAUCGCACCUCUCGAGGGAUACAAGUAAGCCGUAUUAAGGUAUUAAGAAGUCGCAGUUGUUUGCAAAAAUAAAACUAAAGAUGAGAAGUUCGACGCAAGGUGUCCGUUAAAAUCGAUAAACUUAUAUGUGGGCUUGAGGAAGAAGUAACAAUCCCAGGUGAGUAAAAAGUGUGAAUUGCAGAGUUAUUAUGUGUUAGCGAGUAGAUUUCUUGGUGGCGAGAUGACCGUAAGCCACAGGUAUUGCCUUAGUAUCUUAAGGAUUUCAUUCACAGGCUUCAAAGUUAGGACCACGCCUUGAACAACGUUGAGAGGAGUAGGGAACAUUAGAGACUUUUAGAUUCAAUUUGCUUCAUAGAAUGGUGUAUUUUUUAAAUUCGUGCUUACAGGAGAGGUGCCCUACGGAUUUGAAAAGCAAAGAAGUUCUCCAAGAAGCUUUACAUUUGCGAAUCAGCCUGGUUAGUUUUCCCUCUAUACUUACACGUGUCUGAGUUUUUUAAGAAGGUUAAAUUGAAGAGGAGAGAGUUUUUUGUUUUGUUUUGAUUUGUUUGUUUGUUUGUUUUUUCGGAUCACGAUGACGAUGUUUUUUUUUUCGGAUGACGACGGGUGAUGAUUUUUUUUUUCUAGUUGGGUGCUAUGUUUGACACCAUUCAACGCAGCAGUCAGAUGUCAAGUGACUGGGCCAUAUUACUAUUCCAGCUCGUCAGCUCUGGGACAAUCACUGCCGACUCGCUUCCUACCAAAAAGUAAGCUUUUACCUAGUAUUAUUAAACAAUACAAGGGUUUACUCAUGCCAAUUGGAACAAGCAAACUACAGAUAUUACUGUGGUAUACUAGCCUAUCCUUUAUCUAUACGAUGAAACUGAAGUAACAAUGACAAUAACGAGGUGAUUUUUUAAUACGUUACUCAACAAAAAACAUAUGUCACACCAUUCGGAAAAGAUUGUGCCCAUUUGGACAAGGUACAGAGAUAAACAUAUACCCUGAAAACGUGGAAACGUCGUUGCUUCUCAAUUUAUAUAUAUAUUUUUCAUGAUCAAAUGUCUAUUCUAAACCAAGUGAAUUGCAAAACCUUCUUUAGAACCCUCUCUAUCCAUCGCAGGGUUUGUGAAUUAGGUACGGUCGAUUGCCAGCCGAAACCGAUUCAAGAUCGAACUCGAUGGAGCGACACAAAUCGAGUCUAAAAAUUUGGCAGUCUGCUUCGCGGCUAUUUGAAGAUUGUUCUUUGGUCUGGGCUAACAAGAUAUACUAAUAGUAAUCAUAGAUUACUUAAAAGGGGUCGAGGUUCCAAUUCCUGCGUUUUAUCACAUAGUUUUGCGGCAAGGAAAACCUUUAUUAUUUGUGAUAUCACAUAUUUUAAACUUUAAAUUAGGCAAGUAGCUUGCGUGAAAACGAAGUUAAUUUAUAAGACAGCGAAAAUGGUCGAUUCACAGGAACCCCUUUGGAAACUUAAUCAAGGACGAGGUCUGUUGGCAGUAAUUACGUGUAAAGACCUCUUGUUUUUUUCUUCUUUAAGGGAAUUAUUGACGAACGUGCUGGACAUGGUAUCAGUUUUGAUCAGCGUCGUUUCCAAUACAGACUCAGUUCACGGUCAGUCUGCUGAUGAAAGCCGUAAAGCUGCUUUUGCACUUUUCAAGAAACUCAAGGUAUGCUUGUUUUUAGCAGCAAUAAUAAUCCGAUCAAAUGAAGAAUGAUCCUCGCAGUUGUGAAGCCUGACAAAAAAAAUUCAGGACUUCAACGGGAUGAUGUUGGGAGUCCGUUGAAGUCCUGAUUUCUUUUUCAGACUUCUUACGCAACUGCAUAAAUUGCGCUCACAACUGCGAGUAUGUAAGUCUCCUUGGAAUCGCUACUAACAGAGAAUCUUCUUCUUCUUCUUCUUCUUCUUCUUGAAUGCAUGUCAGUUUUAUGGAGUUUCGUACAAUUAUGAGAGUUUUGGUCUUCCAACAUUAAAUAGACGCCCUUGACGUGUUUCAGAGACGUGUUUCAUCUGCGGUGUGGAUGGAUAUAGGUUACAAAUAUUCAAAUUUUUAUAUUAUCGUUUUCAGCGAGAGUUUGCUGGCAAAAACCCUGGUGACAUAAUGCAGCAAAGUAAACAACUUCUUCCUCUCCCCUCCCUCUCACACGGUGUGCUUACAGUCUCGGCUGUCAAAGAGACACCUUCCACCUCUGCACAGGUCGGAGACAAAACCCCAUCAGGGGGAGGGACAAGUUGCCAGGUAUCGUUUUUAGCUUGUUUGCUGUUAUGAUUGAAAGUGAUGUUAAUAACUUGAUUGAUGUUUUUGAACUAAAGGUGAGAGAUUGGUGGUGAUUUCUCAACGAAUUUGGGUGGAAAUUUCCGUUUCGUCUGUUUUUUAGUUUAUUUUAUAUUAUUGUCAUUUUUUUAUCUGUUUUUUCUGCCUGCGGCCCUGAAUGGGGCAACAAAACAACAGUGGGGUAACAAAAAUUGUUAUGUAUUGAAACGUAAUUGGUCUGCGCUGUUGUUUUCGUCUCCGUAGGGUCUCCAGAUCACUGGCAAACAAAGAAUCAGUGCUUGGGAACUCAUGGAGGGUCACAAAAACCCGUCACCCCUGUCAUGGGCGUGGUUCGGUGCAGUCCGAAUUGAACGCAAGCCAUUGAGAUAUGAACAAGACUUUCGAAGGUUACUGCACCACACGCAUCCAAGGCGGCGCCCUCUUAGCUACUUUCUUAAUCCUGCGCCGGACAAAGAAGAUGAGCAGGAUGAAGAAGAGGAUAGACAUGAGACGGAAGGUGCAACAGGAGAGCGAUCCAGUCAACCAUCAACUCCGCAAACACCAGCUGAUAGUAAAGGUACAAAACACCAACCGUAAAUUUGACGCUUGGUAGUUACGAAUUAUUAUUGACCAAGAGUGAGGUCAGCAUGGCUGAUUAUUGGCCAAGUUGUUUUUCCGCUUUUUUAUGCCGGACCGAUAUACCCUGGGUACAGGGAUUUGCUUUUUCUUCUUUCCUUUUUCCGUGGCGAAGCCGCGACAGUGAGGUGCAGGGAAAGAAAAAACGUCUCGGGAGCUUUAUCAAACCGUGCGCACGGUUUAUCUCACCCUUGGUAUUUAGAGAUCAGAACCUGGAGCUUGUGUAAGACGGAGACGCACUCGAGGUCUUUUAAAACACAAAAAAGAACGAGGCCACUAUCCAGCCAUCUAAACCCAACAAGCCUGGUCAAUAAAGGUUUAAUUUUAUGGCCAUAAAGAGUAUUUUACUUGCAGGACUAACGCGAGAAAUCCUGGGCGGGCAAGAUGGCUCAUCUUGUGCGUUUCAUUUGGUAGCCAAUCAGAACACAGUAUUCGCUUCAUCUUGCGGAUUCAGCUAUAUAAUUAAGCCAAUUAGUACGGACGUUAUAUGAAACUAUGUAAAGACUGUUUCAUCUAAAGUCCAGAAAGCUUGAUAUCAGUGUUACGGGAGUAGUUCAUGCUAUUUUCUGUGAUUCGCCUUUUUCAAUACGACAGUAUUUGCCUAAUAAUCUUACAUGUGAUAUCACUUACUAUAUUUAGGUGCCACACCAUUGGUACCUUCAAUGGUGAUGGCCGGCCUUAACAUGGCUGCCGUUCACGCAAUGCAAGGAAACGUACCCCCGAAUCAGGUUGCUGUGGCAGAAGGCAAACAGGCCAAAAAACAGCCUAAAAAAGGACCCAAGAGGGCACCCAAACCUCCAGGCCAUACAGCAGCGCAGAAGAAGAUACAGCAACAGUUACUUCAACAUCAACAUCCACAGCAACAGCAGUACAUGCAGGUUCCGCCGGCUGGAAUGAUGUUCGGCCAAUCAACUCAGCAGCAACAGCAGCAACAGCAGCAACAGGUCCUCUUUCAGCAGCAACAACAACAACAACAGCAGCAGCAGAGGGGACUUGCGCAGGCAGGCUUGCAGCCUCAACAACAGCCAAGGUGGGUGGUCAAUGAAUUCGUGGAAAUUACUGGUGUAGGUGCACCCUGACACCGACCUGGAACAACUUGUGCAAAAGCCUGCUCGUGAAAAUGCCUCCUAACGCUACUAAGGAUAAUUUGUUAAGGAAACCUUGUACCCUUACACGACCUAGGACAACUUGCUAAGAAAAACUCGCUCGUGUAGAUGCGACCUCACACGACCAAGGAAAAAUUGUUAAGGAAAUCUUGCUCUUAUAAAUGCAUCAAUCUUUCUUGGUACAUUUCUUUGCUGUCCGCGCACUAUUUCACGUUUUAAUUUGGACGGUCAACGUAACACAUCUAAUUUUUCUCGUCUUAAUUUCUUACAUUCCAUCUUAGCGUCAGGAGAAAAUACUUUUCGUUAGCAAUAUUUUGAAUGAUCAAAUUUGGGACUGUGAAGUCAAGUGCUAAAUAGUUUUUUUCUUCGGAAGGUUGACAAAUCCGGCAACAAUCAAAAACCCGUUAAACAACCUAAGGAUGCUUGUUUCUCACUCCGUGGCGUCGCAGAACACGAUUGGACACCCAACACAGAGGCAAAAUGUCCAGCUGCUUCAGAGAAUGAGACAAAAACAACAGCAGCAACCGCAACACCAGCAGCAACAACAACAACAACAACAACAAACUCAAUCAAUGCAGCAAGCCAUGUUUAUGUCCCAGCAGCCAUCUCUUCUCGCACAGCAGUUUCAAAAUCAAAUGUCGCAGCAACAACAACCGCAACAGGUCAACCAGCAACUUAGGCAUUUACCACAGGCUAACCAGGUACGAAAUUUUAAGAACCAUUGUCACGCAUAUAAUCAUCCGAACCGAUGGAAGCCAAUCAGCUUACAGACUUAAGUUUUAUUCACAGGUGAUUCCGAUCGACUAGAUAGUUCCGUUUCGCAUCUGGGCCGAGUUGUUCAAAGCUGGUUUAAGAUAACCCAGGGUUAGUGCAAGAUUUGAAUUUAGAUUUGAAAUCUUAAAAGGCAUUUUCGUUUUAAUUCUUUUUGCCUACAAGUUGAUGAUUGGAAGCUCUAAAAAUAACCGAGAUAAUUAUCCGAGCAAAUGCUUUGAACACAAGAAAAAGAAACCAAGGUUAAAUUUAACCCUGGUUUAAGCGCUAAUCAGCCUUCGAACAACUGGGCCCAGGGGUUUUUCUAUCUGUCUCGAUCUGCUUGAGUCAUACGGAGAGAACUCGGACGAUCGAGACUAUAGAAUUCAGGGGUGCUCAUCAAUUACAUAAACCACUUGGGUGGGUGUGCAUAGACAUACAGAUAGGGGAGAGGUGGAAGAACGACCAGCUACAAGGUCUAUUAACAGAUUAAUAAGUGAUGAAAAACUGCAUCGCCUCAAAUCACAGCCCAUAUUCCCUGCAGCUCCCGAAACAGAAUAGCGGAACUAUUUGAUUUACCUACCGAAAUAGCCUGUUUUUUUUUUCUUUUUCAGCUUCAAGCUGUCCAGAGUGCAGGUCAGAUGCACUCUAAUCAACAAUACACUUUCACUCAACCCCAGCGUCCGCAGUCUCUGACCAUUGGUAGGACCCAAGUCGCUACUCGUCCCGAUCUCGUCUCUACACCAUCAACGCCGACGACCAUGACACUUCCAUCUUCUCUUGGAGGUAUGGUCACGCAACAGCAGCCAUUCAACACCGCCGGUUAUCAAGGUACAUUUGGCACCUUUGCGAGUCAGUAGAAAUACGGUAGUUAAGCUUAUUAGAACCCAAUAGAGUCCUUGUUUUAUCGACAAAUUGUAGAUUGUAAAAUUCUUAUUAUCCACAACCCUCAGGGCUUUUCAAGGAUAAUUUACAACACUGGUGGGGGGAGUUUUUGCAAAACUGCUUAUGUUGCAUUGAUGCUGCCCCCCAACCUCCCCCCACCGAUCCCCCGUGUGAGUGUGAAAUUUGAGACCACUACACCGGGCGCUACCUCCCCUACUCUUUACUAACAAUGUGGAUUCUUUAACCUCCCACAUAAUAAACUAUAUGUACAAGGUUUGUGAGACGGGGUCUACGGUUUGUCGUCCUUAUCCGAGAAGACUAGAAAGUCUAACUGUUUGCAAAUGUCAUCACAAAGGCAGCACUUUCUCCUCAUAUAUUUUAAGACCCCGAGUGUUGGCCGAGGUUUGAACUAGCGGCCUCCCAAAAGAAAGAAAGAACUGUUAAGUCAUAGCUCGACGAAUGAUGUUAGUUGCGUUAUGAUUUGUACUGUAACCGUUUGAUUUCUGCAACAAAGAACUACAGUGAAAUCCGAAUAUAAAUAAGCCUGGUUCUGCGGCAUUUUGUAGUAACGACGCGUUGUGUGAUGCAGUCAUUGUAUAGCGGAGGACAUUCUUUCCUCCAGUUAUAUUGAAAUGUAUGGAUGAAGAUUCUGAUAUAAUCGUAAUCAUGUGAUGACGAACGUUUUUUCCAGUCCCUUCGCACAAUUUGUAAUGGAGUACUGAAGCGACAUUAACCCUUUCAGCCCUAAGAGUGAUCAGCAUCAAAUUUCUCCUUGUAAUAUCGAUGCUUUGUAAAACAGAGUGGUCAUGAGAAUUACGGACGUGAUCACACAAGAUGAAUUUGCUUGAUAUUUUAUUAACUUCUCCCCACUACUUCUGUUGGAAAUGAAUAGGGGCAACAAAUGAGAACUCAAAUUUUGAUCUUGGGGUUUAAAGGGUUAAAGUGAUUCCCUUAGCGAUUAAACUUGCAGUUUUGUUGUUGUUGUUUUUUGUUGUUGUUGUUGUUGUUGUUUUUGUGUUCUGUCCUUAAUUCCUUCUUGGUGUUGCUAUUCUAUCUACUUUACUACUGAUUGAAUAUAAAACCUCAAAAUAAAAAAUUUUGCAGUUUUCGACUGGUUUUCUCUGUCGUAGGUCUAACUGUAUCCCAGGCGCUGACGAGGGCUAUACAACCUCAACAACAACAACAAGCCCAACAGCAACAACAGCAGUUUACAUUAACUGGUCAGCGGACUAUUCAACCACAACCGCAAGCCACGUUACAGCAUAAAAUGCCUGUGUCAUCGGGCCAUGCGCAAAUGAACGCGGUCUCGCAGAUGCAGCAAAGUUUUCAGUCACAAUACCAGCAGAGCAAUAUCGACAGACAACAACAACAGAGGUUACUAGCAGCUGCGGCUGCUCUACAACAGCAGCAACAACAACAACAACAACAACAACAACAGCAACAACAAAAUCGUCAUUCGACUGCAGAGCUGGUGAGACAACUACAACAAAGGUUUUCAGGUAAAAACAAUGUUAACCUAUUUGUCCGAUGAGUUGUUGUGAAUAAUUAAGGGCCUGGGCCCGACGUAAGUGAUCCUCACUAUCGCGAAAUCUGCAGUCUGAUUGGUUAACUUCUUCACUAUCUGUUGCGUCAUAGAAAGCGAAUAGUGAGCCAAAGUUUUGAGGAAAAACAAGACAGUAACAACUUUAGUUCAUAACAAGACGCUACGGAGCGUACACUUCGGCGUCGUGGUUGUGGAACUAAUUAAUUGUAAAUGCGGAGGAAUAGUAAGAAAUCAAAUAUGGUAAGAGUAAGGUGUUAAUUUGUGAAAUUAUGGGAUUUGUCAGGAUAUUCUGAAAAGAGCAACAUCCAAGAGGCCUACUUGCCAAAAACUAGCAUUUCGGGACAAAUUGUCUCCGAGAUAUUAGCCGAGUUAUGCUCUGGUGAAUCCAUACAAAUCCUUUUAAAAAAACAAUUCUCUAUUUUUCUUAGUCACAUCAGGCUUCAAAAACAGCAUAGCAGUCUCAUGUACUGAUUAAAGAUAUGUAAGGCAUGGGUAUGGAGUCAAUUACGUUGAGCAUGGAAUUGGCUAUAAAACUCAAAGUCAGGAGUUCGAAUGUUUUGAGGAUAAUUAUUCACUGACUAUCAGCACGCAGGGAUGUCGGAUUAUUAAGGAAGUUUAACACCAAAGGAACAUAGCCUUUACAGAGCUUUAAAACACAGCAUCCACCAACACAAACUUGACUUGAACUUUGAGUAAAACUAAACAGCCUCCACCAAUAAUAACAAACUCUCACUUGAACUUCAGAUAUCUUACGGCUUCCACGAAAAUCGACCUUCGUCACAGUUGACUAAACACAGCAGUCCAGUUCGUGGGAAAAAACUUAGAUCGUCAAAAGAACUCGCUUGGAACUUGUAAACCGUUUGACAUAAGGUUCUAGAAAAUACUAAACAGGCGAAUAGUAGUAGCUUUCCGACAUAUUUUAUGAUUUCAGUAACUGAUGCAAAUCUGCUGACUCAUGCUGAAAUGUAAACAUGCCCUAAUUAAUUAUUCAUGAAUAAUCCAAAAACGUAGAGAACGUUCGAGAAAGUCACGCAACGCAUGAAAGCAAUUUUACUACGUAACACUCAACAAAGACAAAAUGUCUUUGUGCAGCAUUUUGUAACUUUAAAUUCAUCAUAAAACAGUUCGAAAGGAGGGCUCACUCGUGAAAUGUUUUUCAACACUCGAAGAGAAAUUUCGUGUCUCUGCGCGGCCACGAAAUAUCCUCUAUUUAUUCCUCGAGUAACUAAAGACUAAACUCGAAGUGAUCUCAAGAUAUCACGAAGUAGUCCGGUCUCAUUUCGUGAAAUAGUUGAAACAAGCCGAAAAGUCACGAACUUGCACGCCCAAUCUUGUCCCGAGACUAGUGCAUCAUUUCAUAACUAUUUUUCAAGUCCCAAACUACCUUGGGUCGUAGUAGCGCAAUCGGCUAAUCCCUCAACUUAGAGUCUCCUCUGAUCUGACGGGUCACACAGGUGAGUCGGUUCAAACCCCAGGAAAGCCAAAAUAAUAAUUCUUUCUUCCUCGAAAAAGUUAAAGUGAUCUCGAGAUAUCUCGAACUAAUUCGGCUCUCACUUCGUCAAAUAGCCGAAUAGAACCGAAAACCUACAGACUUUGCUUGCCCAAUCUUGUCAAAAAAUUGCAACUUUGAUACAUUCCUGAGCGUCGCGAAUCCUUUACUUCGCGCUCCGCCGAAGUAAAAAUGUUCACUGAAGGAGGGAGGGAGUCAUUAGCGCAUGAAAUCCACGUGUUCAGGAGCACUUGAUAAGUGCUACAAGUCAACAUUUUUUUCUGUGUUUUUCUCUUCACACAUAUCAUUUCAUUUAUUAAGUCAACAUUAGUAACCACAAGUCUUUGCGAAAGUUAACUCGACCCAGUUUCCUUCUCGCUUUUAAAGUGACGAAUGAGAUUCCAUGAUGAGCGGCAGAAUACUUAUCCUGGUCGUUAUUUUGCAGGCCAAGACAUCUCUCUACAACAGCAGUUUUCACAGGCCGCUGACAUUUCCCUCCAGAGACAGCUAUCGGCGCCACCUGACAUUGGGCUUCCGAGGCAAGUGACUUCAGCCCAAGAUAUCUCCUUUACGCGGCAGCUCUCCACUCCAGCACCUCAGGACCUUACUCAGCAGGCCCAGCAACAACAGUACACUACAAACCCUCAAUAUCAGGGCCCACAGUUUUGA